AGGGGGGGAGAUCCAUCAUAGAGAUGCGCUGCGCAGACCGUCCGCUCCCCGACCGACGCAUCUUCCUGGCCUGCCCCUUCCCUCUCUCUCUCUCCCGCUCACUGCCUGUCUCUCGCUCGCUCCCUGUCUGUCUGUCUUGCUGCUAGCUUACCUGACGCCGGGAAGCACACAAAGCCAAUAAGAACCGCUGGCUGGUAUCAGCCGGGCCCUGAGCGCACUAUGCGGCGGUAAAGACCGCUGUUUGCGGUGUUAUCAGGGGAUGUAGAAGGAGGCGGAGAGGAAGAGGCGCCGCUCUCCCCGUCGGACUGCGCCGUGUCUGCUCUGCCCAGCCCGCUGCAUCGCUGAGCGGCCUGCCAAGCGCACAAGAUGUCGACCAGAACGCCAUUGCCCACAGUGAACGAGCGGGACACCGAGAACCACUCCUCGGUGGAUGGCUUUGCUGAUCCUCCAGUACCCCCAACAAAGUCUGCAAGUCGCCACAGCCUACCACGAUGCCGCAACUCUUUCACUUCCACUGAGGAACACCCACAUAUCGGCAAUUAUCGCCUUCUCAAGACUAUUGGGAAGGGGAAUUUUGCCAAAGUCAAGUUGGCACGACACGUCCUUACAGGGCGAGAGGUUGCAGUGAAGAUUAUAGACAAAACCCAGCUGAAUCCCACCAGCCUUCAGAAGCUCUUCAGGGAAGUCCGAAUAAUGAAGAUAUUAAAUCAUCCAAAUAUAGUGAAAUUGUUUGAGGUGAUUGAGACAGAGAAGACACUUUAUUUGGUGAUGGAGUAUGCCAGUGGUGGAGAGGUAUUUGACUAUCUGGUAGCUCAUGGCAGAAUGAAGGAGAAGGAGGCCAGGUCCAAGUUCAGACAGAUUGUAUCCGCAGUGCAGUAUUGUCACCAGAGAAGGAUAGUACACCGGGAUCUAAAAGCUGAAAACCUGUUGUUAGAUGCAGACAUGAACAUCAAAAUAGCAGAUUUCGGAUUUAGCAACGAAUUCACCGUGGGCAGUAAAUUGGAUACGUUCUGUGGCUCCCCGCCCUACGCUGCUCCAGAACUCUUUCAGGGCAAGAAGUACGAUGGACCAGAGGUGGAUGUUUGGAGCCUUGGGGUUAUCCUCUACACCCUGGUCAGCGGCUCACUGCCUUUUGAUGGACAGAACCUAAAGGAGCUGAGAGAGAGGGUUCUGAGGGGAAAGUACCGCAUUCCUUUCUACAUGUCAACAGACUGUGAAAACCUGCUGAAAAAAUUACUAGUUCUCAACCCUGUCAAACGAGGCAGUUUGGAGCAAAUCAUGAAAGACCAUUGGAUGAAUGUGGGUCAUGAGGAGGAGGAGCUAAAACCUUACAUUGAGCCUGAGGCAGACUUCAAUGACUCAUCCAGAAUAGAGCUCAUGGUGACGAUGGGCUUCCCGAAGGAUGAGAUCACAGAUUCUCUGCUUGGACAGAAGUACGAUGAUGUCAUGGCCACUUACCUACUGUUGGGCAGAAAAGCUCCAGAGUUUGAGGGGAGUGAGCCCCUGACUAACAGCAUCCUGGGUCAGCGACAGCGACCGACCAGUGACAUCAACAACAGCUCCAGCAUUUCUCCUGCUCACCCUAAGGUCACACGCAGCAUCUCGGCCAAUCAGAAGCAGCGUCGCUACAGUGAUCAUGUGGGUCCAUCUGUGCCCCCUGCAGUCUCGUACACAAAGCGUGGCCAGGCCCUGAGUGUGGAAAGUGACCAUAGAGAGGAGUGGGACGGAGCUCGUCGGCUGGAGCUCAACACCUCAAAAGGAGAUGUUCCUGCCUCCCCACUAGGGGUGCAAGAAAGGAAGAAAACUACUACUGCUGUAGGGACCAAUGGAUCAAUGACUCGUAGGAACACAUAUGUGUGUGAGCGCUCCUCUACUGACCGCUAUUCCGCCAUUCCAAAUGGCAAAGACAGCAGUUUAACCGAGGUGUCAGGGAGCACUCCAUCUACUGCAAUGAGCUCAACACGACCUCGUCACACAAAGUCCAUGUCAUCAUCAGGGCACCCCUCAAAGAGCACACUGCCCCCUAUUGAUGACAACACAGAGCUUAAAGCCAGCUCUUCUCCCCGUGGUCCAUCCACCUCUCCUUCUGCUCACAGCAUCAGCACUCCAGAGAAGAACCGUUUCCCACGUGGUACCACCAGUCGCAGCACCUUCCAUGGGGCUCAGCUCCGAGACCGGCGCAGUGCCACAUACAAUGGCCCCCCAGCCUCACCCACACUGUCCCACGAUACGGGUGCUCUGGCUCAGCAACGCAGAGGAACCUCCACUGGAAUCAUCAGCAAAAUCACCUCCAAAUUUGUCCGCAGGGUGCCUAGUGAGGGAGAGGCCAGUGCCAGGACAGAAACACCAAGGAGUGUAUCAGGUGACGCCAAAGAGGACGGGGGUCGAGACUCUAAGCCGCGCUCGCUGCGUUUCACCUGGAGCAUGAAGACCACCUCCUCCAUGGAGCCCGCAGAGAUGAUGAGGGAGAUACGAAAGGUCCUGGAUGCCAACAGCUGCGAUUACGAGCAGCGCGAACGCUUCCUGCUAUUCUGUGUCCACGGCGACGCGCGCCAGGACAACCUGGUUCAGUGGGAGAUGGAAGUGUGCAAGCUGCCCCGCCUUUCACUCAACGGCGUGCGCUUCAAGAGGAUAUCGGGCACGUCCAUCGCCUUUAAGAAUAUUGCCUGCAAAAUUGCCAAUGAGCUCAAACUGUGACAGCAGAUGGAGUCCCAGCUGGACUAUGGUGAGCUCUGGUAAUCGUCAUCUCAUCACUGGAUUAGUGUUGGUCUUCAGGACAAAUUUCAGCACUGACGUUCCUCACCGCGCAGAAUCAGGGUGGACCCGGGCUGGUAACAUGCAGUCCUAGCCAUGAAUGUACUGUACAGGGUAGUGGAGAGAUAUGGUAAGGUUUAUUCUCUGUGACGGAGACAUAGCAAAAACAGCAACCCUCCUUUUUGUUUUUUCUCCUUCCGUCCAGCCCUCUCAUCAGACCGCUGCUCCUCAUCAUGGGACACAUUCAUAUAACACAUGCAGUAUGCAACUGAAGACGACCAUCCUGCAAUAACGUUUUCAAUCUCUUUUUUCUAAAUGCCUACUACUAUCACGCUGAAUAACCAUUGAUAUUACUGAAAGCUGAAAUAACCGCUUUUCCACCUGUGUUACAUCAGUAUAUAGUUCAAGCUGGAGCCCGUACUAAAACUAUGUAAAAAGAAAGAGAAAAAAAAAGAGUUGUACUGUAUGCAUAACAUCUGCAGGUACUGUAUUGUACAUUCAUUUUGAGUUCUGUAUAGAAUUGUAUUGUCAAGACUUUUUUUUUUCCAUGGGAUUUUUGUUCCUUCCUAACAUAAGUGAUGUCUUUUAGAUCAUUUUGGUUUGUGAGUUUGUUUUUUUUUCUUUUUUAAGAGCCACCAUACAAAAUAGUGUUUUUAAUUUUAUUUAAAGAGCACUAAAUUAUUUUGUGAAAUAUUAAGGGAUGUAUUCCCUUGCUUUUUAUGUUAUUUGCCUACAAGAAAAGAAAA